AUGGUUUCGGAAAGCAAGCAUCCACAAAUCGGCCUCGAAGAAGUUGUUACCGGGUGUUCCGAAGCGUGCCUCCUCUUGGUAAGUAUAAGCCAAAAGUAUCGCAUCUACACCCUCCUUCAAGAACCGAAUGCUAGCGUCCGCCGCCCGAGCAUAAUCUGCUUCCCCUAUUGGAUGCUAUCAGAUGAAACAGCAGUCCCAAGGCUCGGAAGCUCUUCUACUGCUGUAGUAGCUGCGUUUGCGCAGUAUCUACGAUAUACACUACACGGGUUGGUAGGCGGGAUUAGCGGCCGCACAUGCACUGUCCUUUUCUGGAUGCAAUGCACGCAGGUGCGCGACGAGAGGAAAUCUAGGCUACCCGUAUAUGACAUAGUAUUAUGCAAUGUGCUAGGACAUACUGUCUAUCCACGCAAGCUGGGCGGUGCGCAAUUGCCAAAACAGCAAUUGCUACAGGGACAGAGUAAUUUCCAAAAGUAA